AUGGAAUCUUCCAUUCCCUUGACUGAGCUACCCCGCUGGAUGAAAUGGCUGCUCAAUCAGAGACCCGAUCUGGCGGGAAUCCCUAUCACCGCUCUCAUCGUUCCCGGAACACACGACACGGCCACGUAUGGCGAGGGAACGUCUCCAACCAAGCUCGGACGUUUCAACUGGCAGUGCCAGAAUCUCAACAUCUACCAGCAAGCGCAGAUCGGUGUCCGAUAUUUCGAUCUGCGAUUCCUUGCAGAUGAUCGAGACUCUGCAUUUCCCUACUGGCCGCACCAUGGCGAUGCAGUCAGAACCGGAGACCUUCUGGCACCGGCACUGGGCGGUGACAUCAGUCAGACGACCAUCGUUGGCCAGAUAACCCGUUUCCUGGCGGAAAACCCUGACGAGAUCAUCAUCCUGUCCUGCGAUGUCCAGCCUGCGGACAAUAUACAUUGGCCAAGGGCACUCUGUGACGCGCUCGGAGGAACAGGUCGGCUCGUUGAAUCCCCAGACUGGGCAACAGCUACCGACAACCCUUACCCACCAGUCAGGGCGGCUGUCCCGACUAUUGGCGGCGUUUUGAAGACCACCGGACGUGUCAUCCUUUCUGGCUCAGUUGAUCUCCGGAUGUUCUCCGACCAUGACGAGCGACGACUUGUUGAGCGGUAUGUCUGGCAAUCUCCCGGUGCCGCCAUUUUUUCUUCUCUCUAUGAUGAGCCGAUCUGGAAGAGCAAUCAGCCGGUAAAUAUCCAGACUGCAAUCGAGAAUUGGAUCCAUGCCAAUGAUACCGCAAUCAGUCACCGAGCCCACUUCUACAACGCUCAGUGCCAGCUUACCCCGUCGGCGAACAACUUUUGGGAUGUCCUCAAAGGCUUGACAGACAAGAGUAUGUCCAUAAGCCCCGCCAAGCUGGCACCAGGGAUGAACUCAUAUCUGAGGGAGAAGGUGUGUACGUCCGAUCUCUGGAUCAAGAAAGCCAGCAUCAUGACAAUCGACUUUGCGGAUGCAGAGACGUGCACCGCGAUCGUCAACAUGAACCUUGCGAGGUUUAGCGGUUCAUAG